AACCAAUAGCAUUAGAGAAUGAACGACAGCGUAUGAAAAAAGUGUAAAAGUACUCUGUGAAGUGAACGACAGUUUGUGAAUUUGUGCUAUCUAGGCAAUGUGUGAUUUUUUUCCUACGUUGUAAUGUAAUAUUUUUCGCCCAACCUGUAAGAUUCGUGUAAUUGAUGGACAAACAAACGAUUGAGUUGCCAAAAACAAUCAUAUAUUGGAAGAAACACAUUCCUGACGCACAACAAAGACGCGGUACGUGCAGAGAUGGAGGAAAAUUCAGUGAUUCUUAUAGAAGACGAUGGUGGUAAUAUACAUCACAGGCAGGUGACAGAAAUACAUGGAAAUGUUGAGACAACAAUUGUUGUUGAAGAGGUAAAAGAAGAAGACACUCUAAUGAAGUCCAAAAGUUCAGAGGCUGAACUAAGCACUAAAGCUAAACUAUCCCUUGAAAAAGACCAGCCUGAGACAAUUGUCAUAUCUCCAAGUAGCGAUGUUCCGUUACCACACAAUAAGGACAGCACAUCAACAAAUUCUACAGAGACAAAAUCUAAACCAACUGAAUCACAGCUUGAGCAAAAGACGUCUAAAUCUGCAACACCACCAAAGUCAGUACAAGAGCAAAAGACUACUACAAAACUUGAACCCAUACAAAUGGUGACUUAUAAACCAGAUCAAGUGCAAAAACCACCAAAUAAAAUAGUAUUAAUUAGGACACCUCCUAAAUCAAUGCAGGUGCAAAAAGCAGUUGCAAGUGAGCAAGUGCCUAAAAAUGUAGAUCAGGUGCAAAAAACGCCAACUCAAGCUGAGGUGACACUAAACACACCAAAGAAAGAUCAGACGUCCAAAACUCCACCUAAGACAGAGCAGACGUCCAAAACUCCACCUAAGACAGAGCAGACGUCCAUAACUCCACCAAAAACAGAGCAGACGUCCAAAACUCCACCAAAAACAGAGCAGACGUCCAAAACUCCACCAAAAACAGAGCAGACGUCCAAAACUCCACCAAAAACAGAGCAGACGUCCAAAACUCCACCAAAAACAGAGCAGACGUCCAAAACUCCACCAAAGACAGCACAGGUGCAAAAACUACCUGCUGAGGUGGUUAAUAAGAAAUUGGAUCAGUUCAAAAAGUAUUUGGGUAUAAAGACACCAUCUAAUCAGGAGCAUAAAUCACCAGAAAAAACAGAGCAGGUGCAAAACACUUCAGAGGUGGGUGACAAGUUAGAUCAAGCAGAGAAAAUUUCAGAACCCAAGUUAUCAAGCAUUUCAGUUAUAAAACCUUUGAAAGAGCAAGAAACUCCUAUUAAUAUAUCAGAGCAGCAAAAAUCUGGAGAUGUGUCAAAUAGCACAAAAGAGGAAGCAAAGGACUCAUUUCCCACACCUCAGCCCUCAGAAUUGCCUGAAGCAGUUUCAAAUGAAAAACCUUCAAUCAUAGAAUCAAAACCAACCAAAGAAUCAGUGAAUGAUCAAGAAUUACCUAAGGAAACUAUUGAUAAACCUGAGUCUGAAAAUAACUCAGAGAAACCUGACAAAUCACUAAUCAAAGAAUCUCUAGACCAGCAAAAUAUUAUUACAGAUGGUCCUGAAAACACAGAUGCUCUGAAGGAAACCAUUGACAAAUCCACAACAGACAAAAAUGAGCUACCCAAAGAUGUUCUAAACUCUUGUGAUAUUAAUGAAAAAUCUAAUGACUCUCAUUUAGAAACUAAUUCUGAUGAAAAGGACCGUAGCAAGAGUAUAAGUAGAGAACUCAAAUCUCUAAUUAAAUCAGCAAAAGAGUCCAAAAUAAUUAGUGAGUGUACACAGCUUACAAGCAAAACAAGGAAGUCUAGAGCCACUGCAGAUAGUACAAACACUAGCUUGAACACUACUGUAGAAGCAGACAAAAUACAAAAUUCGAGACGCAGCAGUAUCAAUUCCCAAGAGAGCAACUGCAGUGAGAAAUCAGAAAAGACUCCUUUAAAAAGAUCUAUGAGGUCCCAGAACCCGGAAUUUGUAAAUAAGGUAAAACAAUUUCUUAACUCUGUAACAGGCAAGAAUCAGAAGGAUGAUGAUGAAGAAAUGGAUGAUAGCAAAAAAGAUGCUCUUAACGAUUCCACAUCUCCGGUAUCAAAAAAAAAGAAACUAAAUGAAGUAGCUCUCGAGCAGCCGCAAAGUAGUCCAGUGCCAGAAUCAAACAGGCUGCGAUCAGAUUUGUACUGUUGGCGAUGUCACUAUGUUGUUGAACAAGCUGCCAAUGAAAAGGGACAUCCUCCAAUGCUCUGCACAGUGUGUCCGAGGUCUUUCCACUACAAGUGUCUGUCUGGAACAGAACGUAAUAAAAUAACUAACGAAAAAAGCUGGAUCUGCUUGGAAUGCUAUGUUGUUUUGCACGCAGAAAGCUCUGAGACAAGAUCUCCAGCUAUGAAGAAGAUAACGCUGGGGCAACUGAGUGAGCUGCUGAGAUUUGCUUUAGAGAGGAUGAUGGAUCUCAAUGGGGUGGAGCCAUUCAUGAAUCCCGUAGACAGGACCGCGUUCCCGGACUACGAAAAAUACGUAGUGCACCCCAUGGACCUCUCACUGAUGAAGAAGAACCUCUCAGAGAACAACUACGGCAGCCCGGAGGCGUUCUUGGCCGAUGCCAUGUGGAUACUGCACAACAGCAUCAUAUUUAACACAUGUACGAUGCAAUCCAAGCUAACGGGUGUGGCGCGCGCGCUGGUGCGCUCGUGCCGCGCCGAGAUGGGCGAGAUCGAGGCGUGCCCCGAGUGUUACAUGGCGGCGCACGCGCGGCGCCCCACGUGGUUCACCGACGUGUGCUCCACUCCGCACAUGCUGCUGUGGGCUAAACUCAAAGGUAUCGUACUGACGGGAGAUGGCGAGAUCGAGGCGUGCCCCGAGUGUUACAUGGCGGCGCACGCGCGGCGCCCCACGUGGUUCACCGACGUGUGCUCCACUCCGCACAUGCUGCUGUGGGCUAAACUCAAAGGUAUCGUACUGACGGGAGAUGGCGAGAUCGAGGCGUGCCCCGAGUGUUACAUGGCGGCGCACGCGCGGCGCCCCACGUGGUUCACCGACGUGUGCUCCACUCCGCACAUGCUGCUGUGGGCUAAACUCAAAGGUAUCGUACUGACGGGAGAUGGCGAGAUCGAGGCGUGCCCCGAGUGUUACAUGGCGGCGCACGCGCGGCGCCCCACGUGGUUCACCGACGUGUGCUCCACUCCGCACAUGCUGCUGUGGGCUAAACUCAAAGGUUUCCCAUAUUGGCCGGCGAAGGGGAUGUCAGUAAACAGCCAGGGUUUGGUCGACGUUAGAUUCUUCGGAGCCCACGACCGCGCCUGGGUGCCCGCCAGGGAUUGUUUCCUCUACUGUGAAAAGGAUCCAAACAAUUUCAAAGCCAAACGUACGGAUAUAUUGGAAAGCAUGCAAGAGGCGGAAGAUCAUAUCCGUAACAUAUCGCGUAAAUAUGGCCAAUUUAAACAUGCACCAUUCAAAACGCCUUUUGAUCCCACAAAAUUGUCUGAACAGCUUAAAAUGAUGAUACCGACAUUCGAUGGUGAAGUAAGAUCCCAAGUAAAAGAUAAACCAGGAGAAUCCUCCCCCAGUACCGUAAAAGAGAGGAGAGUUCGAUCAAACUCAAAAAGCUCGAAAAGUUCCAUUAACAAUGAAGGUGAGUUCAGUGAAAAUGACGAAGGAAAGGCGGGUACACCUAAAAAAGUUACAGAUGAUACUGAAGUUACAAAAGCGAAAGGCGACUUCUCUAUUGAUAAGCAAUCGCCAAUGGAGGUUGAUGAACAAAAUGUGUCAAAAAAAGAGAAAGAGUCGUCUAGAAAACGACGAAGAUCCGGACUCGAAGAAGCAGUUAUAACAAUAAUGUCCAAUUCAAAAGAAAAAAAGAAAAAAGUGGAAAGCGAAAAAGUUCAAGAUGACCAUAAAUCGGAAAACGCAGAAGAAACAACCAAAGACAAAAUAAAUAUUGAAGACAAUUUAUCGAAUAACAAUUUAAUUGAUAAUGCGGUUGAAAAGACAAACGAUGAAGUUGUUGCCACGGAACCCCUUAUCAGUAAAGAAGUAGAAAAGGAAGUUUCUACUAGUGAUCCAUUAGAUACAAAUAAAAUGGUUACAUCAACGCCAAUUAAGGUGAAGUCAAAAGUUAGAUCAAGCAGAACCAGUACACCAAAAGAAAAAGAGGAAAAAGCAAUAACCCCUAAGCACAAACCCAACAAAUCAGAGAAAACUAAACACGAUAAACAAGAAAACGUUAACAAACAACAAAAACGUAGUUCGAGGAAUAGAUCGCAUAAUUCAAGCGAACUUUCAAAAGAAGAAAAAGUUAUUGAAAAGAAAAACAAUAAAGAUAGUUCAAGUUCAACAAAAGAUAAAAUUAAAGAUGUUACACCUAAAGAAAAGGUUAAAGAAAUUGUACCCGAGCCUAUCGAAAAGAUAAAGAACAGUACAGAGAAGUCUGAGAAAUUGAUGCAGAUUGAUGACAAUACAAGCUUGGCAGCUUUGGCUCGAGAGUCCGCUAAGAAAAUUAUUGCAGCGCUUCCAACAAUAACUAGCGUGCGCAGUUUGUCCACAACAGCUCAGAGUAGCAACACAACUACUAAAACAACUACAACUCCUAAAACAACUGCAACACCUAAAACAACAACAACUCCAAAAACAGUUGAAAUAACUGUAUCAGCAAGUAGUGCAUUGAACGUAUUCACGCCAACCAGUUCGGACAACGUUCGCAACAUGAAAGAAGCUGUGGACAAAUUGCAGAAGUUAAGGACUGAGGAUAAGCCAAAAGUGGGUAGGGUGGGCGUCCGGUCGUUUGCUAGGAUGACGUCACCACCUGCACCCCCAGAAGAGAAGCAGAGGGAGACUGUAGAAGUGGAGGUGAAGAGCGAACCGAUGGACUUCGACGAUGCAGACAGACAAGUGGAGAAGAUGGAUUUGAUGAAAGCCUUCCAGUUGCGACCCGUGAAUCCUGUCACUACAGCGAACUUACGCGAUGUGAGGAUCAAUAAAGUUGUCAUCUCACCUGUCGCUCAGAAGGCUGUAACGAAAACUACGGAAGUAAGAAUAAGGGCUCGGAAAACUUUCCCUCAGCCGAGGAAAGACAAAGAACGGUCAGAGUUGAAUGGGAAAAAUUCUAUGGUGUAUAUUCCCAUACAGCCGCCGACUACACAGGCGCCGACGCAGAGGACUUCCCGUCCUGUAAAUGUUAAUGGAAAUCUGAACACGCCAAAUAUUAGACCACAAGCACCAACAAGUAUAUCCAAAACUGCAGUCAACACUCAAAUAACACAAUUAUCUUUGCCAAAUACAUCUCUAACAGUGGCCACAUCGAAGCCCAUGACAACAGUAGCGACCAACGUACACAGCAACGCGAUAUGCGUGCCCAACGCUGGGCCGAUGCCCAACAUUGGGCAAGUGCCCAUCGUCGGACAAGUGCCCACUACGGUGCACACGGUGCCUUUGAUCACUUCUGUAAAUGGACAAUGGACUUUCAGCUUACAACCCAUGAUGUCUGUUGGAGGCGACGGCACGUCAUCCCCUCCAGUCGUCAACGGCCUAGCGGAACGCAAUCCGCAGUUCGUGUCCAUGGCGCCCACCAACCCGCUCUCCUUACUGCCGACCACGCAGUUGUUAGCCAACAACAACAACAGCAACAACAACAACAACAACAACAACACUAGUAAUACGAACAAUACUAGCGACAACACUGUUGAGCUGCCGCGCUUGCAGCAGCGUCCCCCGCUGGUGAACCCCUUGGACCCCUCCGCGCCCGCCGGCAACAUCCCCGUGCCGUCCACUGCUGGACCGGUGACCGCCAAGUUGAGCCAGAACGCUGUCAAGUUAGCGGAUUUCUUCAGAAAUCUCUUGGAAGACACGCUCGAGAAGAUGGAUGACCCCGUAUCGCAGGCGACCAUAUUGAAGGCGCAGCUCGAACAGUCCAAGUGGAAGCAUCAGCAAGAGGUCAAUGAGUUGAUGCACACAUAUGAACUGAUGACAACAGAAAUGCGCGUCGCGUUCGAGAAGGAAAAGACGCGCACAGUGAGCGAGAUGCGACGCGUGGCGCAAGUGGAGCUCGAGGCGGCUGUGAAGGCGGCCAAGACGAAGCAGUGGUGCGCCAACUGCAGCCAGGAGGCGCAGUUCUACUGCUGCUGGAACACGUCGUACUGCGACUACUCGUGCCAGCGCUCGCACUGGACGCAGCACUACGCCGUGUGCGCGCAGCAGAGGAGCACCGACAACACCAGCGAGAAUGGGAACGUGUUGGAUAGAAGAUUGCAACCUGGUACUGAAAAUCUCCCAGCGUUGCAGAAGAACGCGCCGGCGCCGGCGCUCACGGUCGGCACCAAGAUCACGCCCACCAGAGUGUUCGCGCAGCCUACGGACGGACACCCGCAGAAGACCUCCAUCAUUGUGAGUAUGGUAGAGGAUCCAAGCGGAAACCAAAUGGUGAAGUGCGUUGGGUCGUACAAGACACCGGGCGCGCAACAAGUGUCGCCUCUCCUAUUGAACAAACAGUUGAUGAACGACGAGAACGCAGCCAAGAAAGUGAUGACGUCAGGCGGUUACCUCAUAGUGGGGGCCGGCAACAGCGCCCCCAUGCCGGCGAGCAGACGCAACCUGCCCGUGCAGUACACCUACAACACGUGAGACACGCUGGUACCAAGUGUACCAAGUGUACACAAGUGAAGGAAACCUAUGUGAAGUGUACAAAGUGUACGCAUGUGACAGAAACUGGUGUAAAGUGUACAAAGUGUAUGCAUGUGAAGUAAACUGAUGUUAAGUGUUCAAAAUGUCUGCAAGUGUAAGUGAAUCGUGUUCAAGUGUUCGUGGAACAGUAAUGCGUAAGUGAAUGUAGGAUAACUAAAUUGUUAGUGAAUGUAUUUGUUAUGUUCAAACAGCUUACGCAUCCAAUGUUUGUUAUGUUUAAGUAAAACUGGCUCUUUGGUCCAUAUAUUUAAAUAAAACUGGCUUUUGAUUGACUGGUUGACUGGUUAGCUUAUGUGGCAUUUGCAGGACAAUUCACUAACUUUGACGUUUGUUAGUUGACAUAUAUCAGCCAACUCAAUAGCUUAACAGUAAAGCAGUCUAGAGUCAUCACCGAAGGGUGGUUCAAUCCCCUCCCUAUUGGACUAUUGUCAUACCCACUCCUAAUACAGUCUUUAAUGACUAGUUGGAGGGGAUUGGGAUUUUGGCUAUUAUGGGAUAUUUUAAAGAUAUAGAAAAUAUUUUUUUUUUAACUAGACUAUUGUCAGUAAUUCUCAAGUCACAUAAUUUCGUAUUUACUACAUAAUAGUACAAAAUUGUUUACAUACUCAUGUGUAAAAUUUAUUUUUAUUACAAAAUUAUGAACGUCUGAAUAAAAUACCUAAAGUAUACAAACAUCAUAUAUAUACAUUCUAUCAUAUGUAUAUACAUGUUUUUUUUUUUGUAAAUAUUAAGUUUUAGUUAUAACUGUUUUUGUACUAUGUCGCUUGAUUGUACACAAUUGUGUACAACUAUUUUAUUUUAUGUUCUACACUGUAGGUAUGUGUAGCCAUAUUUUUUAUUGUAAAAUAUUCAUUUAUCUAUAAAGUUAGAUGAAUAAUUUCUAAAAUAAUUUGAUAAAUUGUAUAUUUGUCCCAAAUUUUUUUAAUAAAGAUAUCCUAGAAAGUCGGCCUAAAAUCUUGAUCUAAGCCUUCAAACUUUAUAUUUGUCACACUUUUCUCAUAAUAUUUACAAGUUUUUUUUUUAUUCUUUACAAGUUAGCCCUUGACUACAAUCUAACCUUGAUGGUAAGUGAUGAUGCCGUCUAAGAUGGAAGCUGACUAACUUGUUAGGAGGAUGAAGAAAAUCCACACCCCUUUCGGUUUCUACACGGCAUCGUACCGGAACGCUAAAUCGCUUGGCGGUACGUCUUUGCCGGUAGGGUGUUAACUAGCCACGGCCGAAGCCUCCCACCAGCCAGACCUGGACAAAUUAAGAAAAUCUCAAUCUGCCCAGCCGGGGAUCGAAUUCAGGACCUCCGUUUUGUAAAUCCACCACGCAUACCACUGCGCCACGGAGGCCGUCAAUAUAAUUAACAAUUGUUUUAUUUAAAUAUUAUAAUAUAAAAGUGAAUCAAACUUAUUGUUUUGAAUAUCGAUUGUGAUUAACAUGUAUGGAUUUGAUGUCAAGUUACAUCUGUAAAGUUGUUUUAAGAGGCAAAUUGAUUUUAAUACUGAGUUUUAUGUCAAUAAAUAUUUAACUUUACUUUACUUAAAUAAAAAUAGCGCAAAAUUGGGACAAAUAUAUGCGAGCGUAUACAUAAGUAGUGAGACUGAGACUGAGAUUUUUCACAAAAGAAACAAAAAUGCUCGUUUGAAAUAAAUAUGACAGUGACUUAACAUAAAUGUAGUAUCUUCCAUUCUACUCUUUUAUGUCGCACUAUAUUAUGUUGGUCAUUGGGUAUAGUCAGACGAAAUCAUUAUGACGUCUCUGAAAUAAGACGCAGUGACUGAAUUUGGGAUUUUAUUAAUUAUUGGACUAUAUUUAAAGGCCUUUAGGUAUAAUUUUCUUUACCAAUAAUUCUAAAACUGUCAAAGCAAAAUUGGCCAGUUGUUAAGUUAAUUUUUCUACGUGGUUGUGUGUCUUUUUAUUAGAGGUCAAUGUGUUGCAUACAUUGUUUCUUUGCUCCACCAUAACUUGUAAACUACUGAUGUUUCUCUUGGAAUGUUUAUUCAGAUUUAAUAAUAUUUAAGUGUAAGUAUUGUAAAUUAAACAAAUUGUAAAUAAAUAUUUUGAAAGUACCUAACUCAUAGGUAGGUAUGUGCAAUGUUGAUAUAUGAUGUGGAAUUCCAUCAUAUAAUUGGAAAAAGAAAAUGUAAAUUGUUUUACAUUUCGUUUUUUUUAAUUUACUAUUGUAUAGCAAUAAUAAUGCCCAUCUUGCAAUGUAAAAGAAAUAUGUAUCCAUUGCAAUACUAUCGCAAGUUUCGUUUUCAACUUAUGAUUACUAUUUUAUAGCAAUAAUAAUGUGUAAAUACACAAUUUUAUUUAGUAUGUAUGUGAAAUAUAUAAUCUUUUUUCACAUAUUAUGUUAUAUUAUUUCUAUACUUUUUGUAAAUAAUUAUUAUUAACAUACCAAGUUAUCUAGACGUAUUAAAUUUUCUUGUUUUAUUACCAAGGAAACCGGCAUAAUUUUACAUCGACUUUUAUCAAAGUAACUAGGUACACUAUAAUGAUUUUUUAAAUAGUAGGAAUUGUUAUAUAUUCUUCUAUCAAGUAGCCAAAUCAUUAUACAAUACAGAAAACAGUUUGUAAAUAUAAUCAUAAUAAUUAUAACGAUACAUUUUUAAAUAAUCUGCAUGAAAAUCAUUGUUUAUCAAUGUCUCGCUCAUUUAAAUUUUUUUUUAAUUGUAAAAUUGUAUUGUAUAUUUUUUUAAAUUGUGAAAAUGCGAUUUUGUUGAGUUUUAAAGUACCAUUACGCUUUCAAAGCGAAUAUCUUACGAGAGAAGUACCUCGAAGAUGUAGGUAAGGCAUUUUUGAAAGAAACUGUAAAAAAUUGAAAACCUUAUCUAAACACUUUUUUUACCCAAAUUAUUAUAUUCGUUUCCGAGGUGAAAUAUACGUACAUAUAUGUUAUAACUAUAGGAAUAUAAUAACUAGAUGUACAAAAAUUAUAAUUAUUAUUAUUAUUAGUACCUAACUAAGCCUGACCUCUAUUAAUCAAAUCGAAUUACAGCCUAUUGGUGGUUUUAUUAAGUAGCUAAUUAAUUAAUAGUUGACAAGAUAAUUUAAAUAAUAAUAGUUAAUCGCAGUAAAUAAAAUAUUUCGCUUAAGCAAAUUGCUAAGUAUAGUCGGUGCAAACUUCUAGACAGCUCUGAAGUUGCAAUAAGCCGAGCUGCGCGGAUUUUACUCCUGCUUGAAUUGUUUUGUUCUCUACACAGCCAUACGCCUCGUGUUCACAGCGGACUAGAAGUUUGGCGAGAUUUAUAAAUUAUAGGUAGGUACCUACCUAUUUAAGAGAAUGGAAUUCGUGGUAAUAGACGUCAGGGCUUCGUAUUUUUAUGUGAAAUAUUUUGGAGGAAUGUCGACUCUUGUAUGUAAGCUAUGAAAUGUUUUAGUUUCAAUAAAAAGAAUGUCGAAGUCA